GCUUCAUCAGUGGUCAUCACCGACAACGUGAUAAACACGUUCAUUUGAUUUCAGUUUAAAAACUAUUUAAAAACAAUGGCUUUGAUCACCGCCAAGAAAUUGAAAAAGGCUCCAUCGCCCAGCGCAGACAGCUCGGAUAAUAACUCGGAUUCGGAUGAUAAUCGAAGCGUGGCAAGCGAAAAUGAGGGUAACGCCGGUUGGGCAGAUUCCAUUCUUAAAGUGUUAAAGACAACUAAACCCAAAACACUCAACAAAACUGUCCUGGCGCGUGCCAAGCAUAGUAUUGCAGCUGUCCGUCCAAAGAAUAGCAAUGGGGAUGCUAAGAAGCGUGAUUUUGGCUUUGAAAUAGAAAAGGCAGAUGUCAAGGAGGAAGACGAGGAGGUGGAUGUUAAACCAGAAACAUCUGCCCUGGAUGCACAACUCACCAAGCAACAGCGCAAAAAUGUGCCUUUACAGUUGCGUGUCAAACCCAGCUAUAUCGAUAUGGAGCGCGAGAGAACCUUGCGAAAGGUAGCCACGCGUGGAGUGGUCCAAUUUUUCAAUGCAGUGCGCAUACAGCAAAAGGAUCUGCAGCAACAGUUGGCCGAUGCUGGCCCCUUGGACAGUCGCCAGGAUGCAGUCCUUAAUAAUAUAAAUAAAAGAAAAUUUCUGGAUGUCCUGAUGAGUGGAAAACGAGCCAAAUCCACAGCCAUAGACAAUGCUGUUAAGAAGGAACAAGAAGAGGACUCCGACUCAGACGAUGGGGAGGACAAGCCGACAACCGCCCCAUCAACAUCAAGUGGCAAAAAGAAAUCCGAGUGGAAUGUCUUACGCGAAGAUUUCAUGACGAACAAAAAAAUCAAACAUUGGGACGAAGAAGAUGAUGCUGAGGAAAGCGGCGAAGAAGAUGUCAAUAAUGAUUCACACAGCGAUGAAGACGAGGACGAUUAGAAUUAAGUCUAUCAAUCUGUUGUACAAUAUAUUAAACAUUAGAUAUUUUUUUUA